AUGUCGUGCCCUCGUCCCUGGGCGUCGGCUCUCCGGUUGGUGCAGGUUUCGGUGCCAGCUGGCUGCUUGAUCGACUUGCCAUUGAAGUUCUUGAAGGGGUCAGGUCGUCGACUGACCUCUUGCACACAGACAGUGUGCACAGAUUGCGGAGGGACAGUGAUCGAGUAUGAUGCGGCAGCCGGGAACGGGUUCUGUAUCCAGUGCGGAACUGUGGUGGAGGAGAACACAAUUGUAAAUGAGGUUACGUUCGGGGAGACUAGCACUGGAGCCGCCAUGGUCAGAGGAAGUUUGGUGGCUCAAGGCGCAACUCGCGCACGCGUCGGGGGAAUGUUUGGUAACCGAGGGAAUUCAGAGAGCAGAGAGCAGACCAUCGCAAAUGCGAGUCGCAAGAUCCAGCAAGUUGCUACUGCCCUUCGUCUGUCCGAAGUGGUAUCCUUGGCUGCAACGCGCCUGUAUACUCUCGCGGUGGAGCACAAGUUUACCAAGGGCCGGAAAAGCAUGAACGUCGUCGCCGUGUGCCUUUACGUGGCAUGCAGGCAAAAGGAGACCCGGAACUACAUGCUCAUCGACUUCUCAGAUCUGUUGCAGGUCAACGUCUUCGAGCUCGGUCACACCUAUCUACAGCUCGUUCAGACCCUCAACCUCCGCCUCCCCCUCGUCGACCCGUCACAUUACAUCUCCCGCUUUGCAGCUCUUCUCGAGUUCGGCGACGAGACCCACCAAGUUGCGAUGGACGCCGUUCGACUGGUGCAGCGAUUCGACCGCGACUGGAUGACGAAGGGACGUCGACCUGCAGGGAUUUGUGGUGCGUGUCUCCUCCUCGCCGCACGCAUGAACAACUUUCGGCGAAGCGUGGCGGAGGUCGUGCAAGUCGUGAAGAUCGCCGACACAACGCUCAAGAAGCGACUGGCGGAGUUUCGCAGGACGCCCAGCGGGCCCUCACGCUCGCCGACUUCCGGACUGUGUGGUUGGAGGACGAGAUGGACCCCCCGGCUUACACGAAGGGGAAGGAGAAGGAGGAGAAGGAGCGCAUCCUACGCGAAAACGGCGGGCGACGAAGAACAAAACGAAGACAUCACGAACGCUGAACAAUCCGCACCCACAACGACUCCCUGUCCCCCCGCGGAAGUCGCUCCUCAUCACAACGCACUCGACCCUGCUCUCCUGAACCAAGGCAUCCUAGUCGGUACCAGCCACCCCCUUCCACUGUUCCUUCCGGAAGAUGGCGAGCACGUUGACUUCGGGAUGCCCAUGCCCCAAACCUCCAUGGCUCCACCGAUUGACCCGACACCGCUCGAUCCGGACCCGACACUCGUCAAUCCACCCGGCAUCAGCCUCCCGGAGCAAGCGACACGAGAUCCCGGUUCUCCUCCCGACAAACCUCUCUCAGUCCCCGUGCGCCUCCCUUCGCCGAUUGAAGAGACCGUCAACGCUGCGGUGACGCAGGAAGUAUCCGACUUCCUGACGACUACCCAAAGCACUUUGCUCAACGAGGCUCUCGACGAUGCGGAGCAGAGGAGACGCGAGCACUACACUGGUGACGACGAACUCCUCGGGCUCGAUGAGGACGAAUUGGACCGUUUCAUCCUCACCGAGGAAGAAGUUCGAAUCAAGGAACGAGUUUGGGUGGAGAUGAACCUAGACUACCUCGAGGCAAUUGCAGCGAAAGCCGAGCAGCAAGAAGAGCAGGGCAAGGAGAAAAAGACGCGCAAGCGCCGGAAAACGAACAACAAGCCCCGGGACGCGUCAACGCCACACGGGAGCACAGCGGCGGAGUCUGUGCGCAACCUGAUCAAGAAGAACCCAAAGUACAGCAAACGGAUCAACUACAAUGCGCUGAAGGACCUCUUCACCGAGGACGGUUCAUUGUUCCAAAUGCCCAACGCCGAAGACGAGGACAAAGACGAAGACGGUCAGAUCUACACUAUGGACGACAAGGAUGAUGAUGAGGGUAUGCUCGUCGAGGAACCCGGUGGGGUGGAGUCGGACAGUCUGGCGCCGAAUCCGAACGCGGCGUCUGCGAGCGCCGAUGUGGUCACGGCGGAGGCGGAGAUCGAGGGAGACGAGGAAGACGCAGAGGGCGAGGAUGACGUGGAUGAGGACGUCGAUAAGGAUGACACUGCGUACGGCGAGUGGGACGCAUACGAGCAGGAGGUCUGA